CCGCAGGCGCUGGACCACAUGACAGCCUGGCCUCCCUUGGCCUCUUGUGCCUUGUCUUCAUGUGACAUCCCCUUUACUUGGGCCUUGCCCCCCACUUGAGCUGUUUGGGAGCCCAAGUUUACUUAGGUCUUGCCCCCCACUUGGGCCUUGCUCAUUAUACCCCCAAUAGUUUGUUUCCCAUGAUUUGGGUGAAUACCAAAUGACAGGGUAAGAUCAAUCAAAUUCAAAUGCAGAAACUGAUGACUCUUAAAGAGUAUGAAAAGCUUCAGUUGCAAAAGAAGGAAGCUUUGAAAAGCGGCGAGGCAAGGCAAGUGAGGGUCGACGAGGAUUUGGAAUCGAUGCAACUCGUGGAGAAGAAGAGGGAGGAGGAAACUGAUGUAUCGAAGAAGAAGAAAGAAGAGGCAGAGAAGAAGAAGAAGGCGAACUAUCAAUACCAGGACCGGCGGAAUUAUAGCAAUGGCGAGAGGUUUGACAACCAAUCCAUGGCUGGACGUGGACGUGGGCGCGGGAAUUAUCAGAACCAGCCGUGGCGGGCCAACUAUGGGGAUGACAAGGUUUUCAAUGGCCGCAGGGGAAACGACGGUGGUGAUGGCGCCGCCGCGGUGACGGCAGGGGACGUUUCUGCUGCUGGUGGCGGCGCUAAGGGUGGCCCUGAGUUCGCUAUUGACCCAAAACAAUUUCCUGAGCUUUUCAGAGAAAAGUGAUUUUGUAGCCUCAGUAGUCCGGAUCUAAAAAUUUUAAUUAGAGUAGAGUGUUCAUCGUCAACUCCAAGUUUCUGAUAAUUCCUUUGCAAAUAAAUCAAACGCAUUUCUUAAUUCACCAACUCAAAGUACAACAUUAAGGUCCACCACAAAUCGAGGGAUAUGAUCCGUUGUAGGUAAAGUUGGGAUAAUAUGAACACGGGUAAUUGGCUAUAGUUGCUGUCGCAACCGCCCUUCGCGAUCGAAAGGGAACCGUCGCGUCAUUGGUCGGAGUCGCCAUCGACCUUAAUCGGGGUGGGUCGAACACCCAUUUCCGGUUUUGUUAUUUAGGUUAAAACCAGAAAUCUGGUCUGCGAAUUUUAGGUUUAUGGGUUCGGGAGUACGGUUACGUGUGGGGAAGUGUAUUCACACCCCACAACGCCCCAAAUGGGUACUACUUAAAUCGAUAAGUUUUUUAAAGGUUGGGUGUCUCAUUAUUUGCGGCUUUAUUGAUGUAUUUAAUUUUAUGAUUAAGUUAAUUAGGUGUUUAGUAUUACAAUUCGAUCAUACAUCUAUUGACGUAAAUCUCGAAUGUAAAGAAAAAGUUUAAAAAUUA